AUGUCUGACAAAUCUAGCUCUUUUCCGCUGCCAAACACAAUGAUGCGCGGCACCGCGAGUUGCAAUAAUCGUUAUUGUGAAGAAUGCAUACAAAAUUAUAUAGGCAAAAAAAUUAAUAGGGAUAUCUAUGAGAUGAUUUCCAUAAAGUGCCCUGCUUCUGAUUGCAAUGGAAUUUUAGAUAUCGAUUCAAUAAUGCUGAUUGAUUUCCUUAUGCGAGUAAGAGAUGCCAUUCCACUAACGGAAGUUCUGACUUCGCCAAUAGUUAUUGAUUUCCCUUUUAUGGAUUUUAUGGGUACACUGGUUGAUGAUCUAAGGGAAUAUCUGAUUAGGGAAUGUCUUGAGUGUUGGAGACUUUUCCGUGUCAAUUGUAAAUGCUUGCGUUUGGGAAUGACGUGUGAGAAUUAUCAGUUUAGUAGGCAAUUAAAUUUGCUCUACUGGCAGCAUCAUUAUGGAGGAUAUCAUGAUGAGCUAGAGGAGGAUGAGGAGGAAGAAGAAGAAGAUGUAGAUGACGAUGAUGAUGAAGAAGGAGAAGAAGAAGAAAGAGGAGGAUAA